AAAUUUCUGCCUUUGUGUGAUGGUGGGGUAUGUGUGUGUGAUUAUGUAUGAACAUAGUUAUUUAUAGGCUAAAAUCAAGAGAAACUUACUUUUCAUAUGAUUAAAGCUUGUCCUUCUCUCUUUUUAGGAUAUUUUCUUUUCUGGAUGUUGUUACCUUGUGUCGCUGUGCUCAGGUCUCCAGGGCCUGGAAUGUUCUGGCUCUGGAUGGCAGUAACUGGCAGCGAAUUGACUUGUUUGAUUUCCAGAGGGAUAUUGAGGGCCGGGUAGUGGAGAAUAUUUCAAAACGAUGUGGGGGCUUUUUACGAAAGUUGAGUCUUCGUGGUUGUCUUGGAGUAGGAGACAAUGCAUUAAGGACCUUUGCACAAAACUGUAGGAACAUUGAAGUACUGAAUCUAAAUGGGUGUACAAAAACUACAGAUGCUACAUGUACUAGCCUUAGCAAGUUCUGUUCCAAACUCAGGCACCUUGACUUGGCCUCCUGUACAUCAAUAACAAACAUGUCUCUCAAGGCUCUGAGUGAGGGGUGUCCACUGUUGGAGCAGUUGAACAUUUCCUGGUGUGACCAAGUAACCAAGGAUGGCAUUCAAGCACUAGUGAGAGGCUGUGGGGGUCUCAAGGCCUUAUUCUUAAAAGGCUGCACACAGCUAGAAGAUGAAGCUCUCAAGUACAUAGGUGCACACUGUCCUGAACUGGUGACUUUGAACUUGCAGACUUGCUUACAAAUCACAGAUGAAGGUCUCAUUACUAUAUGCAGAGGGUGCCAUAAGUUACAGUCCCUCUGUGCCUCUGGCUGCUCCAACAUCACAGAUGCCAUCCUGAAUGCUCUAGGUCAGAACUGCCCUCGUCUUAGAAUAUUAGAAGUGGCAAGAUGUUCUCAAUUAACAGAUGUGGGCUUUACCACUCUGGCUAGGAAUUGCCAUGAGCUUGAAAAAAUGGACCUGGAAGAAUGUGUUCAGAUAACAGAUAGCACAUUAAUCCAACUUUCUGUACACUGUCCUCGACUUCAAGUAUUGAGUUUAUCUCACUGUGAGCUGAUCACAGACGAUGGAAUUCGUCACCUGGGGAACGGGGCCUGUGCCCAUGACCAGCUGGAAGUGAUUGAGCUGGACAACUGCCCACUAAUCACAGAUGCAUCCCUGGAGCACUUAAAGAGCUGUCACAGCCUUGAGCGGAUAGAACUCUAUGACUGCCAGCAAAUCACACGGGCUGGAAUCAAGAGACUCAGGACCCAUUUACCCAAUAUUAAAGUCCACGCCUACUUCGCACCUGUCACUCCACCCCCAUCAGUAGGGGGCAGCAGACAGCGCUUCUGCAGAUGCUGCAUCAUCCUAUGACAAUGGAGGUGGUCAACCUUGGUAAACUGAGUAUUAAAUGACACUUCUAGAGUUACCGUGGAGUUUCUCCAAUGGAAGCGACCCCAGCAUUCUGGGCAAGGGUUACAAAGUGAGGGCAGUGUCCAGAUCCCCAGAGCCACACAUACAUAGGCAUACACACCCUCACUCCCAUCUACUAUAGUUCUGUGACCAUGGGACUGAAGUUUGUGUUGGCUUUAUCAAGUGGAUUGGUAAAACUUAACCAUUCCUGUUGGAUGCACCCAGAAGAAAAUCAUAGGCCAAUAUUGAGCGAGGGGGCAUUCCAGCAAACCCAGUGUUAUUGCUACUGUGGUUUAUUUUGUUAAGCGGUUUCUUUGGGGAUUUUGGAACAGUAACUGCAGUCCUCCAGGGUCAAGGAAAGAAUGGAAAAAAAACAGUAUAAGAUGUGUUCAGGGACCAGAAAGAAAAUUUCUUUGCAUCCUAGAAGUGGUAGCCAUCCAUUGUGAGAUGACUACAGAGCUUCUGUGCUUCCUUGUUUUCAUGCCAGUGUGCUGAGCAUGCUCACAAAGAAGGCUCAUCCAUUCCUCUGGUGUUUUAGAAUUUGGCCCAGGGGUUUCCUAAAUGGCUGCAUUGAAAUCACUCACUGUGGUCCAAAUGUGAUUACUUACUCAAGUUGUCACUGUCUGUAUCACACUUUUGCACCUGUCUUCCAUCUCUGUUGCUCUCUUCUGCACUCUUGCUCAGUCUGUCACCUGUUCAUAGUCUGCCUACUCACACUUUUUGCUGUUGUGUUUACAGUUUGCAUUUUGGAUAAUUAGUUGGGGUUACCAAAAAUUUUUAAAAGAAGCAUUAUCAAUAAAUAUUUUUUUAAUUCUAUAUUUU